GGUUCCGUUGGUUCGAGUAUGAUUUCAUCUCACACAAUACGCUGUACAUGUCUGAAAAGCUCCGACAUAAUGCAAACUAUAGUACUUGAAUUCAAAAGUGGCCAUUUUAAAGAGUGUCGCUAGCGAGCUGAGUGUAUACGCUUCCUUGUUUAGCCACAGUCUAGCUAGCCAAACACUGCAACAGGCAGAGUCUGAGUUUGCUGCCCCCUGGUACAGCUGCGCUAUGGCGUCGGCAUCUGCCAGUGUGGACUCCAAGGCAGAGCUGACUACUCUACUGGAACAGUGGGAGAGGGAGCAACAAGGCAGCACACAGGAGCUAGUUAACAUCAUCACCAAAAUUUCAGAGCUUGUUGAGAAAGAGACAGAGGAAUACCACAAAGCGGACCCAGACCCUUUUGAUGACCGACACCCUGGGAGAGCUGAUCCAGAAUGCGUGUUAGGGCACCUUCUCAAGAUCCUGUUCAAGAAUGAUGACUUUAUGAACACCCUGGUGAAUAGCUAUGUGAUGACCAGCAGAGAAUUUUCCCUCAAUGCAGCAGCUUGUCGCCUGCUUCAGAACAUAAUGCCUGGAUUGGAGACAGCUGUGGUCUUUCAGGAAAAGGAGGGCAUAGUUGAAAGGCUGUUUAAGUGGGCUCAGGAGGCCGAGCAGCCCCUCAGAAUAUAUGCCACAGGCUUGUUGGCCGGUGCUAUGGAGAACCAGGACAUUGCAGCAAACUACAGGGAGGAGAACUCUGUUUUGGUGCCUUUGAUGCUGCAUAGGUUGCGUGAGCUUCAGGAUAAGGAUGCUGAGAAUAAAAGGGAAAUCAAACGGCCCAGCCCCAGGAAGACUUUGAGUGAGCCUUUGCUACCUUUAGAUGAGGAGACUGUUGACGGAGGCUUUGAAGAGAAGCCCUUCACACCGGGGAGAAACGGCGCUGAAAGGGAAGGGACAGGGCCAGGGGAGGGUGGUGAAAUUCCCUUCUCAACCCUCGAGCCUGAAAACGAGCUUUCGUUCCUUCUCAACUCCCCUCAUAAGACCAGCAGCCGUGCCAACUCGGCUGUUAAAACCAUGAUGAAGCCCAUGUCUGCCCCAGGUUCACUGACAGACCAAGGCAUGUCUGAUGGCAGCAGUUACCUAAAAAGGAAGGCAGAGAGGGAGAGCGGCAGGACCUUAAAACAAAAGAUAAAUUUCUCUUUGCCAGACCCAGACAGGAACUUUAGUGAGCUUUCCAACAGCAGCUGGUCUGAGAUGAGCCCCUGGGUGAUUGGCAACAACUAUCAUCUGUACCCUCUGACCCCAGAAAUCGAACAGAGGCUCAUCCUGCAGUAUCUCACACCUCUGGGAGAGUAUCAGGAGCUGCUGGCAGUGUUCAUGCAGAUGGGAGCUCGUGAGCUGCUCAUGCAUUAUAUGGAUCUAAAGCAGACCAAUGAUGUGCAGCUCACCUUUGAGGCUCUCAAGUACCUGGCUUCUCUGUUGCUGCACAAGAAGUUUGCUGCAGAGUUUGUGGCUCAUGGAGGAGUUCAGAAGUUGCUGGAAAUCCCCAGGCCAUCUAUGGCUGCUACUGGAGUUUCUCUGUGCCUCUACUACCUUGCCUAUAACCAGGACGCCAUGGAAAGGGUGUGCAUGUUGCCCCACUCCAUCCUGUCAGAUGUGGUUGGUUACACGCUGUGGCUGCUGGAAUGCUCACAUGCAUCCGGCUGCUGCCACGCCACCAUGUUCUUCUCCAUCUCCUUCUCUUUCCGUGCCGUCCUGGAGCUCUUCGACAGGCAGGACGGGCUCCGACGCCUCGUCAAUCUGAUUAGCACACUGGAGAUCCUGAACCCUGAGGACCAGGGAGCACUGCUGAGUGAUGAUGAGAUUUUCUCCAGCAGGCAGACGGCCAAGCACACCUGCAUGGCCCUGCGCCGGUACUUUGAGGCCCACCUGGCGAUCAAGGUAGAGCAGGUGAAGCAAUCCCUGCAGCGCACAGAGGGGGGUGCCCCCAUUCACUCCCAACCAUACUAUAAGGCAGUCAGCUAUACCCGUGAACAGGUGGUGGAAAUGAUGGAGUUUCUGAUAGAGUAUGGUCCACUCAGACUGUACUGGGAACCAGCAGAGGUCUUUCACAAGCUGUCAUGUGUUCAGCUCCUCCUGCAGCUCAUUUCCAUUGCCUGUGACUGGAGAACCUACUAUGGCAGGAGCGAUACAGUGCGUUAUGCUCUCGACAUCUUGAGCAUCCUCACAGUAGUCCCAAAGACCCAGCUGUUGUUGUCUGAGGCUGUUGCUGUGCUUGAUGAGGGAGGAUCCACUGUUUCGACUGUUGGAAUUAGUAUAGUCCUGGCAGUGGCAGAGGGAGAGGUCUUUGUAAAUGAUGCCGAGAUUCAGAAGUCAGCUCUGCAGGUCGUCAUCAACUGCGUCUGUGCUCCAGACAAACGCAUGUCCAGCAUUGGCAAGUUCAUCGCAGGCACCCCCCGUCGCCGCCUGCCUCAGCAGACCAAAGCCAGCGAGAGUGUGCUCACUAAGAUGUGGAAUGUGGUGCAGUCCAACAAUGGCAUCAAGGUGCUGUUGUCCCUGCUGACGGUAAAGAUGCCCAUUACAGAUGCAGAUCAGAUCCGAGCUCUGGCCUGUAAGGCUCUGGUGGGUCUGUCUCGCUCCAGCUCCGUCAGACAGAUUAUCAGCAAGCUGCCUUUGUUCAGCAGCGGACACAUCCAGCAGCUCAUGAAGGAGCCUGUGCUUCAGGACAAACGCAGCGAACAUGUCAAGUUCUGUAAGUUUGCAGCUGAGCUGAUAGAAAGGAUCUCUGGGAAACCGUUGAUGAUCGGUACGGACGUGUCUUUGGCGUGGCUACAAAGGGCCAGUGUGGUAGCUCAGUCCAGGAUCUCCUUUCCUGAGAAAGAGCUACUGCUGCUUAUCAGGAACCAUCUUGUGGCCAAAGGCCUUCAUGACACCGCCAUCACACUCACCAAGGAGGCAGAUCUCCCGAUGGCAUGUCUGUCUCAUUCUACACAUUCAACUUCUGCUUUCCCUCCUGUCGCUCCUCCCCCACCUGCCUCCCCUGUUGCUACUCUACCCCGCACCCCACGGCUGGCCAAUGGUGUUGGGUCAAGACUCGGAAACCAUCCCUCUCAUUCAUCCACCCCAGGAUCUAGCAAUUUACAAACACGUCCCUCUACAUCACAACCCACUGUGUCUUCUACUGCUUUCCCCUCAACGUCUGUCCCAAUCUGUAGCAAUGGCUCACCACUAAUUGGACGAAUCAUUUUCUCUCGUGAACGGCUAGCGGCGUGUGGUACGGUGAGUUGCAAGAAACCUCGGGUGCUGAGGCAGAAGUCUGACCAUGGGGCCUUUAGCCAGAGUCCAGCCAUGAAGAAGCAGUUUGACAGGCACCUUCCCUCCCCCCCUGCAUUAGACAGCAUCAUCACAGAGUACCUGAGGGAACAGCAUGCACGCUGUAAGAACCCUGUGGCAACAUGCCCGCCUUUCUCUCUCUUCACCCCCCAUCAAUGCCCUGAGCCCAAACAGAGACGCCAAGCACCCAUCAACUUCACAUCCCGACACACACGGAGGGUUAUAUAUCCUAAAUAUGGAGGAGUGGAUGGAGGCUGCUUUGACAGACAUCUCAUCUUCAGCAGGUUCCGUCCCAUCUCCGUGUUCAGGGAGGCAGACGAGGAUGAGAGUGGGUUCAUGUGUUGUGCCUUCUCAGCUCGCGAGCGGUUCCUGAUGCUCGGGACGUGCACAGGGCAGCUCAAACUCUACAAUGUGUUUACAGGCCAGGAGGAAGCCAGCUACAGCUGUCACAGUUCAGCCAUCACUCACCUGGAGCCCUCACGGGAUGGCUCUUUGCUCUUAACGUCAGCCUCUUGGAGUUACCCUCUGUCUGCACUGUGGGGCAUGAAGUCAGUCUUCAUCAUGAAGCAUUCUUUUCUGGGUGACCAUUAUGUGGAAUUCAGUAAGCUUUCACAAGAUCGUGUCAUUGGGACUAAGGAACAUAUAGCAAGGAUUUAUGACAUCCAGACAGGUCAGGUAACUCUGACUCUAAACAACCCAGACCUGGCUAAUAACUACAAGAGGAACUGUGCCACCUUCAACCCAACAGAUGACCUGGUGCUGAAUGACGGCGUGCUGUGGGAUGUGCGCACGGCUCAAGCCAUCCACAAGUUUGACAAGUUCAAUAUGAACAUCAGCGGUGUGUUCCAUCCCAACGGCCUGGAGGUCAUUGUAAACACAGAAAUUUGGGAUCUGCGUACCUUCCACCUCCUCCACACCGUUCCCGCUCUGGACCAGUGCAGAAUAGUCUUCAACAACAACGGCACUGUCAUCUAUGGAGCAAUGUUGCAGGCUGACGAUGAAGACGACAUGAUGGAGAUGCAGAUGAAAAGUCCAUUUGGUUCAUCGUUCAGGACCUUUAAUGCCACGGACUACAAACCAAUCGCCACUAUUGAUGUCAAGAGGAAUAUAUUUGACCUUUGCACUGAUACCAAAGACUGCUACCUAGCUGUGAUUGAGAACCAAGACUCUGUAAACACUGACACAGUGUGCAGACUAUAUGAAGUUGGCCGGCAGAGACUUGCAGAGGAAGAGGAGGAGGAUGAGGAUGAUCAGGAGGAUGACGAUCAGGAGGAAGAUGAUGACGAUGAUGAAGAUUCAGACGACGACGUCGAUACAGAUCCCCUUAUCGCUGAGCUAGAGAAUGAGAACGGCGGAGAGGAUGAGGACGACGAAGAGGAGGAUGAUGGAAAUGAUGAAUUCUCUCCCUCUGAUGAAGAGGUGGCACGCAUUCUCGAAGAGGAUGUUGACGUUGGGGACGAGGAUGACGAGGAUGACAAUGACGAGGAUGACUCUGAUAAUGACGACGUCGAUCUGGAUGGCGACAAUGACAGCUCCGACAACUCUGACCUGGAGGAUGACAUCAUCUUAUCCCUGAAUGAGUGAGGAGCCACUGGCGUCUGGGACCGUGGAACAACAUGUCAAGACUUCUGCCUCAUAGACAUUGGAACUGCAGAACAGGAGGCAAGAAAAGAGGAUAAUAUCAGCAGACAAGGUGGGAGAUAACUUUGGAGCACUGCCAGUUUGAAACAGUAGGUGUCUGCACUCUGAGUGACAAGACCAAGGAAGAACAAUCUCAUAAAGGAGGUGAAAAACCAAUGCACACAAAUUGACUGGUGGGCAAAAAUGAUUGUAUACGAAAUAGUUUUAUAAAAGAAAUGGUGGGCUUGAUGAUGAGAGAAAUUGCCAGUGUGUAGAUGCAGUGAAGACAAGUUUUAUAUUUUAUCACAUUUACGGCUUUUAAGUGAGCGUCUUCAUUUGAUAUUGAUCCACUCACUUUGUAAGCCUCUGUUUGGUAUCAGAUUAGUGUUUGUAGGGGAAAAGGCUUACAUUGUAGCCUUGUGGGUCUGCAUUUGGGUGGCAAAGUAUACAAUGCUUUCCCAAGCUUGUAUUUUGCCAGAUCGCCUGGAAUAAUCACCAGAAAGUAAUAAAGCAUUGAAUUAGGCAGGUGAUGUAAUGCACAAACUUGUUGCUGAUGGUUCAUUAAGCGUCAAACCCACCUUCAGGUUUCACUUUCACCAUAAACCAAUGGCCAAAAUGCCACACACAGCAGUGCCAUCCAUGAACGUCUGCUUCUGAUUUCAUUACGUAAGUAGAGAGAUUAAAUCAGCUUGGCUCUCAUGUCUUGCUGAAGAAACCAUAACUAGUGUGGACACUGUAACAACACUGUUGACACACCUGCUCACUGUCUGCACAUGACAGCCAUAUAGAGGCUUCUACAGCUUUCUACAAUUGUGACAUUUUACAAACCUUUAUUGAGCCAUGCAAGGAUUUGGCUUUAGUGGAUGUUUCCUAAAAAGAUUACAGGGCUUUGUGCUGUUGAUAACAGCAUACAUCCAAUCAUACAGUGAAAAUAAUCUUAUGUUAGAAAACUGAGGAUUUAUCACAGUGACUUUGGUUCAGGACGGAUACUAUAGUAAACCUCAUCCCUUGGAAUAAAAUCGAUCUUGUUAAAUAUUGAAAGAGAGCUUACAUUGAAACAUUGGAAAUAAAAGAUGGUGGUUUCUCUGAGUGGAGUGACAGGGGGCUUCAAACUCAACAUUGUGAAAGCAAAUGCCUUUCACUUGCACACUUUUUGAAAGCAGUGCAAACAUGGAUUUUCUUUCUCGUUUUUUGCCUUGUAUCUGUUCAUUUUACCUGUUUUCUUUCCUAUAAGAAGACUUUGAUGUUGAAUUUCUUGAGACAGUUUAUGUACAGCUUGUAUGUAUCUAAAAGUAUUUUUACUAUAAAUAAAGCCGCAAAAUUAGCUUUA